AGUGGUUGCAGUGCAUGUCGGAAUACACCCGUAAUUUUCUAUCAGACGUGAAUCACGAGUUCCGCCUAGACCAACGGAAAUUCUUGACAAAAUACAAACAAAAACACUUAUUGUAUUAUAUAGCGAGUGUGUAUUCGUUGUGCACGAAGUAAAUACAAAUAUAAUAAAUAAUAUUAAAUUUGGAGUCUGAUUGUGAAUGUUUUAUUUAAUAUAGUGGGUAUGUAAGGAAAAAAAUUAAGUAAUAUGGCAAUUGGAAAAGUGAAGCCAGUUACGAAAAAGGAUAAAUAAACAUUAUAACCUUUAUGUAAAUAUUUAAUGCACAAAAUAAUAUUUAAACAGAAACUUAUAAAUUACUAACAUGGAGAUAGUGAGUAAUACAAACACCGAAAAACAAGAAUCUCAACUAUUUAAUUCUAUUGCGAUUGUAAGAGUUCCUGUGAAACACACAAAUUUAGGCAUCAGGAGUCAUGCAAUGGACAUGAGUACCAUGGUUGAACUAACAUCAUUUAGUUCUCUUGGUAAAAUUCAACCGUUUUUAGUAACGAUUUCUACUACGGCGGCUUUAAUAGUAGAUUUACAUUGUCAUCUCACAGACAAGGAGGUUUGUGGAUAUCUCGGUGGGCAUUGGGAUAUAAAUGCUCAUAAUUUGGCUAUUACGAGUGCAUUUCCUUGUCGAUAUGCUGGUAAAGAUAAAACAGCGGCUGGAAUGGUUGAAGCUGAAAUCGCAAGAGCUAUGGAAUGGCAGCGAGUAACUUUAGUAGGAUGGUAUCAUUCGCACCCACGAUCUCACGCAUCACCAUCAUUAAGAGAUGUUGAUUAUCAACUUGAUUAUCAAAUAAAAAUGAAAGGUCCUAGUGAUAAUGGAUAUACUCCGUGUGUAGGCUUGAUUUGUUCACCUUAUAAUGCUGAUGGUAACUGUUAUGAAUCUAAUUUCAACAUCUUUUGGUCGAUGCCACCACCUGAAAAUCGGCCUCACGAGUAUCCUCGCCCAAUGUUGCUCAGUUAUACAAUAUCACAAGAAUCAUUUUUAUCUCAAGAUGCACUUGAUGAAAUUAAAAAAUGUAUCGAGUAUUAUAGAAGUGAAGGAGGUAUUAAUUUCAAGUCAAAUUUCAACAGUACCACAACUUAUUUAGAAAGGUUACGAAAUUCUUUAGCAUCAAAAUUACCCGGUCGUAGUCGAGGUAAUGAUACUGGAUAUUGGGAAGUAAUUAAAAAAAUGAUUCUUCCGGAUUCAUCAAUAGAAACUAGAUCAGAUGCUUUUAUUACUGUCCAGUUUCCACCUCUCGGGAUGAAUGAGUCUUUAACUCAGACUGCAUCUGGAUUAAGUAAUAAUAAUGUUUUCCUUACCCCCGUAGCUUUCAAGUCAGAUAACAACAUUAUGACUCCUUUACCCAAGUUUGAAUCUCAACCAUCGACAUCUUCUCGUAAUUGUAAAAAAGAAGUUAUCGAUGAAUCAUUAAAAGAUAGUCGGUUAUAUACUAAAAUAGACAAACCCGAAAUUCCACCAACUUUUAAAUCAGGCGAGCUUACAGUUUCAGUAAAAACUGUUAACAAACUGGAUGUUGAACCACCGACAUCUAUAGACUUUUCCAAACUGACGGGUCCCCUCUCUAUAGAAGUAUUAAAUAAGAUGCGGUCAAGUUUUACAUCAGAUUUUCCUCUUCCUGAUUUUUCACAACAAAUGACACCGUUGCCAGAUUUAAGUAAAUUAGCCAAUUUUUCUUCUGCUGAUCUUGCUAAACUAUCAGCAUUUCCUUUAAACGAAAUAACUAAAGUUUCACCAAGUAUGUACAAUCGAAAUAUUACAAAUUUAUUUAAUUCUAAUAAUAAAGGUAGUUCUACUAAUCCAUCAAAAGAUGUAAUCGAUCGGAAAAAUGACUAUACACCAGGUGAAAACAUUCCACUUACUUGUUUCAACCUAGAUCCAUCUAGAAUUGAUAAUUUAGUAGAUCGAAAAAAAACUUUAGAGUCUACAAAUGAUAACAUGAAAUCAAAACGGCCCACUAAUUUUUCUGUUGCUGAUGAGCUCUCAAUAUCAAGUGUUCGACCAGACUUUGGAGCGAUGUUAGAUAUGUCAAUGAUACAUGGAAAAAAUAAUCAAGCUUCAACAUUGAAUGACUCAGGUGAAUCCUUGAAUCUUUCGAAAGAUCGUUCAUAAAUAAUAUAGAUUUUUUCGAUAAUACUCAAUAUGUGGUAUUCGAUUAAUCUGCGUCAUACUUGUACUGAAAGUAAAUGAGAAUUAAUGAACAAAAAAACCUGGUAUAUACUCAUCACA